AUGGAGCAAGACAAGGUCUACUUCGAGGUACGCGUUGUCGAACCUGGCCGCAUGCUGAUUGGAGCCUCCAGAGGCUUUGCGGUUGGCGUGACAAGAUGGUCUGACGGGGACUCUGAUGCUCGUCUGCAAGAAAACUCGUGCUGCGCCCUUAACCAGGCGGACUUGCCGACAUGCCUCGAGUACUUCGUGAAUGGCGCAUCGUUCGCUACAGGUGACUUCAGAGAACUCCGACAGACAUACUCUUUUGCUCCGUACCCUUGCACUGGGCGCCCGGGAAUGGGUCUGCACUUACAGAACAGCUGGCCUCCGAAGGCUAAGACCAGGCGUGUUUCGGAAGUUCUGAGAGUCAGAGGUCUGUCGCUCAUCUUCGAUCCACUUCACUGCCGCCACUCCGCAGCAUUCGAAGUCAGGGGCUUCAAGACUCUCAUGCUUACUCGGAGCCUCAUUGGAUAGAAUCAUAAAUUACGCCGGUCACUACGCUAGACGCCACA